AUGAUCACUCUUGGCACAUCUACAUGGUCACAGGAUGUUGAUAUUGCUUCUAGAGACCCUGUAAAUGGAGCUAAUCUGUGCUACACUUUGCACAUCUAUGCAGCUACUCAUAAGCAAAAUAUAAGGGAUAAAGCUCAAACUGCUUUGAAUAAUAAUGUUUGCAUUUUUGUAUCUGAAUAUGGAACUGUUGAUGCAAGUGGCGGGGGAAAUAUGGAUACUGGAUCCAUGAAUGAGUGGUGGAAUUUCUGGGAUAAAAACAAAAUUUCAUAUCUAAACUGGGCAGUUAGUAACAAGGGAGAAGGAUCUGCAGCUCUUAAUCCAAAUACUGUUGCAUCGGAUGUAGGCAAUCCUUCUCAUUGGUCACCAUCUGGAAAAUUUGUUCAGGCUCAUCUUAAAAACAUGAAUAAUGGUGUCAGUUGCAGUGGAGGCACGCCAAACAAUGCUGCUCCUUCUCCUUCAAACAACAAUAACAAUAACAAUAAUGGGGCACCAAGCAGAAACAACGGGGGAACUACCCUCAAGAAAAAUGGAACUAAAACGGACACGAAUAAAAAUAAUUCCAAAGGAGGAGGGAAAAUCUCCAUAAGUUUAAACGCCGAUCAAACCUGGCCAAAUGGUGCAAACUACAAAAUUAUAGUGAAAAAUACUGGAAAUGCUCCAGUCUGCUCUGUAACGUUUCAAGUAGCCCCCGUUGCUAAAGUUGGUUUUUGA